CUUUAUAAUCUUCUGAUGCGUUGUGUUUUUGCAGAUAAGAAGAGUCGAGCUGGUGAUCCAAUGAACGCUUUGCAGAACUUGCAAGGUGGCCCUACGGGGAGCUCGAGUGGGAUGAUGGCCACUCGUACCCCCGGAGUGGCAGGUCUGGGACAGUUGAAUCAGUCAAUGUCACAUCCUGGACAGCCUCAGCCGGGUACGUCUGGAAUGGUGCCUCACAUGCCUGGCUUCCCGCCAAGCACGCAGCAGCAGUCCCAAUUACAGAUGCAGCAGAUUGCCCAGCAGCAGCAGCAGCAGCAACAGCAACAGCAGCAACAGUUCCAGGCCCAACAAGUCGUGCAGCAGCAACAGCAACAGCAACAACAGUUCCAGGCACAGCAGCAGCAGAUGAUGAAACUUCAGAUGCAGCAGCAGCAACAGCAGCAGAGGUUGAUUCAACAGCAACUACAGCAGCAGCAACAACAACAGAUCCAACUCCAGCAGCUUCAACAGUUGCAGUCUCAAACACCAUCUCAGCUGGUGCCUCAGUCCCAGUCUCAGCCCAUGGUUACUCAGGUGCCGGGCCAGAUGUCAGGCCAGGUUUCCAUGUCUUCAUCCUUAACACAGCAGCAGCCACCAAUGAAGCUUCAACCUCUGCACCAGGUCCGCUCACAGUUUCCCCAGGGUCAGACAGCCCAGGCCCAAGCACAGGCCCAAGCCCAGGCUCAAGCCCAAGCACAGGCCCAGGCUCAAGCCCAAGCCCAGGCUCAGGCCCAAGCACAGGCUCAAGCCCAAGCGCAGGCCCAAGCUCAAGCCCAAGCACAGGCCCAGGCUCAAGCCCAAGCACAGGCCCAGGCUCAAGCACAAAUUGGAGCAGGAGGGCAGAUGAUGUCUUCUAUGACCCGUGCUGUACGACCACGGUUCCCACCUGCCUCUGUUGCAUCGUCCACGCCUCAAAGCUCCGUUCCUCUGGGAGGACAGCAAAUAGCACAGGUUAACAAUGCGAUUGCCAUGAUACCUUCUCCAGUGCAGCAAGUGCAGACGAUGCUUCCACCACCACAGCCACAACCAUCUCCUCAGCCACCUUCAUCCCAGCAGAGCUCUGUGAGUUCUGGUCCAGCUCCAUCACCAAGUGCCUUCCUGCCAAGUCCAUCAGCACAGACAACACAGAGUCCAGCUGCAGCACGGACACCACAGAAUUUCAGUGUCCCUUCCCCAGGCCCCCUCAAUACUCCAGUGAACCCAGGCUCAGUUCCAAGUCCAGCUGGUCGGACACAGACUGAGGAACAGCAGUACCUGGACAAAUUGAAGCAGCUAUCAAAGUACAUUGACCCUUUGAGGCGGAUGAUCAACAAAAUAGACAAAAAUGAAGACAGAAAGAAAGAUCUAAGUAAGAUGAAGAGCCUCCUGGACAUCCUCACUGACCCUAACAAGCGAUGUUCUUUGGCAACUCUCCAAAAGUGUGAAAUUGCUUUGGAAAAGCUCAAAAAUGACAUGGCUGUGCCCACACCACCACCUCCACCAAUGACCAUCACAAAGCAGCAGUACUUGUGCCAGCCCCUCCUCGAUGCUGUCCUGGCCAACAUCCGUUCCCCAGUCUUCAACCAUUCCCUCCAGCGAACUUUUGGACCUGCCAUGACUGCCAUCCAUGGACCACCAAUAACGGCCCCUCUGAUCUCACCACGGAAGCGCAAGCAUGACGAGGAUGAGAGGCAGACUAUUCCCAAUGUUUUACAGGGUGAGGUUGCGCGGCUCAAUCCGAAAUUCCUGGUGAAUUUGGACCCAUCCCACUGCAGUAAUAAUGGAACAGUCCACCUCAUAUGUAAAUUAGAUGAUAAGAGUCUCCCUAGUGUGCCCCCUCUGCAGCUAAGUGUUCCAGCUGAUUACCCAGACCAGAGCCCUCAGUGGACAGAUGACUCUCAGCAGUAUGAAGCCAACCCCUUCCUACAGAUGGUUCACCGUGCGAUGACAUCCAGACUACUGCAGCUGCCGGACAAGCACUCAGUCACUGCACUCCUCAACACGUGGGCACAAAGUGUGAAGCAGGCCUGUUUUUCUGCAGCGUAACCCAGUAGGGGAGGAGUGUACCCAUUCCAGCAUGGAGUCUGUAUCUUACCAAGGAGCCUUCUAAUGGAUUCACUAAGAAGCUAAAUGUGUGGAACAAUAGAGAAGGAGUUGCACCGUUUAGCUUUCUUCCUGAUCACUUUACAACAAUAUGGGACCUUUCCCUGGUAUUUGUUUUGGAUAUAAAGAUAUGUACCAAGAAUUCAGUACUUUAUUUACAGCCCUUGUUUCUAUUUCAGAUACUGUGUUUGCUCAUGGCCCAAUGAGAGUGACUCUCAAUAUCCUGUAUGUUACCUGGGCAUCUGUGUUUUUAAUAACGUAUCAGUGAAAUUGUCACUGGAGUAAAGUUUUUAUUUCCAAAA